AUGAAGCUAACCGGUGGCUAACUAGCUCACGGGAACAACAAAGUGAAAGUCAACACUCGAUGCUCGCUUAAGGGGUUUUUAGGUGGGGAAAGACCAGCUCGGUCGUGCUGUUCUCUUUCCGGGGGCCUAUGGCGAGGAUGAGCGGAGACAAUGCCUGUUUCAAACCGUCUCACCUCAGCUCCUCCGGCUUCUUCAAGUUCCGUCUGCUCUUCCCGCUGCUCCGCGCCAUUCGGGCUCUCGGACAUCUUUAGUAAGGUUCUGUUAAGAACAAAUUCCCGUCGCUAAAUGUCCCGGAGUAUCCUGUGUUACCAGGCGGCCAAAGUUUCCCGCUGUAGUUGGGGAUACUGUUGUGGAAAGACACCGGUUGGCGCUAUUACCCGCGUUCUCACAGCGUGCCUCGACCGGCCUAAGCAAUCGCGAGAGUUGCUGGUGAUGCUUUCAAGGACUUUCGGAAAAACGGGGUUUGAGCGGUUGCGCACAAACUCAAGAGUCCAAAGGUUCUUAUUUAAUUUCCCACGUACUGGAAUACUAAAAUGAAGCACCAACCAUUUAUAUUAAUCGGAUUCAGGAUCCAAUAAAAUAAAUAGAUAAAUAAAUAAAUCGAUGAAGCCAGCCUGUCACAAUGGACAAGAUUUUGGAGGGACUUAUCAGCUCCAGCCACACCGUCCCAGUGAAGAAGGCCAUUGUGAAGAAGGUGGUGGAAGCAGCAGAGAAAGCUGUGUCUGAGGAGCAGUGCCAGGCUUUGUUCACCCUCACCACUCGCCUCAUCCUGAUCGGUGAAGAUGCUUUUCAGAAGCAGGUCGGCCUCCAAGUCUUGGACGCGUAUGCCCGAUAUCACCGGCCAGAGUUUGAGCUGUACUUCAACAGAGACUUUGUUGUGGGUCUCCUGCAGCAGGGCUAUGGGGCGCUGGAUCGCAAAAACCCGGCAAUAAUCGAUUUUAUUCACUGCUGCCUGCGAUUGCUCAUGAGCUGCCCUUCAGUGUUGGAGCUCUUUAGCUCCAUUCAAGUGGAGGUGCUCCGUCUGGUGUGCGAGCGACCUGAUGCGGCCUUCUGUGCGCGGCUCAGCACCAUGCUGUCGGACUUUUUGCAGUGCAUCCCACGAGACAAGUCUGGCGUUUUGUUCUGCCAGCAGCUGGUGAGGACCAUCAGUAACUUCCACUGCCUGGCCAGUCAAGAGCAAGAACUCCGAGAGUAUGUGAGCCAAGUGACUAAAGUGAGCACCUUGCUUCAGAACAUCUGGAAAGCAGAGCCAGCUACACUGCUGCCCUCUUUGCAAGAGGUUUUCGCAAUAAUUUCCUCCACAGAUCCCUCCUUCGACCCGUCCAUUGCUUUGGCCAGCCUGGUGCAGCACAUACCGUCUCAGAUGAUCACCGUUCUGAUCAAGAGUCUCACCACAGACCAGAAUGUAAAGGAUGCGAGCAUGACAAAGGCACUCUGCAGGAUGAUCGACUGGCUCUCCUGGCCUCUAGCCCAACAUGUUGACUGCUGGGUCAUCGCUUUGCUAAAGGGUCUGGCUGCUGUUCAGAAGUUUACAAUCCUCAUCGAUGUUACGCUGCUGAAAAUUGAAAUGGUGUUUACUCGUCUGUGGUACCCAAUUGUGCGACAGGGGGCGCUAGCAGUGCUCUCUCACAUGCUUCUAAGUUUCCAGCAUUCUCCAGAGGCAUUCCAUUUGGUUGUCCCUCAUGUGGUGCCUCUUGUCCAGUCUCUGAGGACAGACGGACUCCCCACCAGCCAGACUUUUUUACUGCAAUUUACUGAACUCAUUCACUGCAUGAUGUACCAGUACUCAGGUUUCCCGGACUUGUAUGACAACAUUCUCGAGGCCAUCAAGGAUCUUCCUAAACCCGAGGAAGACAAGAUAAAGUUAGUCUUAAAUCAAAGUGCCUGGACGUCUCAGUCCAACUCUUUCGCCCCGGGUGUCCUGAAGCAAGCUGGGAAGUCUGAGACUGGGAAGACGGGACUUGUCAACCUGGGCAACACCUGCUACAUGAAUAGCAUCAUCCAGAUCCUCUUCAUGGCCACAGAUUUUCGACGACAUGUUUUGUCGCUGAACCUGAAUGGCUCCAACACGCUCAUGAAAAAGCUCCAGCUGCUGUUCGCCUUUCUUGCACACACUCAGAGGGCGGCAUACGCGCCUAAAAGCUUUCUGGAAUCUUCCCGACCGCCGUGGUUCAACGCUGGAUCUCAGCAGGACUGCUCCGAAUACCUCCGCUUUCUACUUGACAGGUUGCACGAAGAGGAAAAAACACUACAGAUUCUGGGUUCGUCCAAGCUGAAAGACGACGCGCCGGCUCAUGCAAAUGGUGACGAACCGGUAGAUCAGACUGCUAUUGAGGAAAGUGACGAGUCAUCUUCAGCUGUGGAGCUGAAAUCCGAGAGCAGGACUCUGAUAGAGAGGACGUUUGGCGGGAGGCUUGUGACUGGAAUCCGCUGCACACAUUGCAACAGUGUGUCUGAAAAAGAGGAGCCGUUUACAGAUCUCUCUCUGGCCUUUUGCCCGUCCACCACCGCCCUCCCGGCGGAUCGGCCGUCUGAGGAGUCCAAAGUGAGGUGCCAGGGAUCUGUCAACGGUGGGAGUGAAAUACUUGAGCCUGGGUCAGCGAAAGUUCUGACGAGUAAUGUCCAGUCUGUGCUGCCGUCAAGUGAACCUCCCGUCUCAGUCCCGGACCUCGUGAACUAUUUCCUCGCUCCGGAGAUCCUCGACGAGGAGAACGCUUAUUUCUGUGACAAGUGCAGCUCCCUGCAGCGGGCAGAGAAGACCAUCAAAGUGGUGUCCGCGCCCGAGUACCUGAUCCUCACGCUGCUGCGCUUCUCCUACGAUGCCAAAUGUCACGUGCGCAGGAAGAUUCUCGACAACAUCACCAUCCCGACGUUAAUGAGACUUCCUGUGCAUGACCCCGCUUUGCCCUCACUCCGCCCGCCGCCCACAUCCUCUCUGCUGCAGGUCGACCCCCCGGAGGACACCGAGAAUUUGGCCAAAAAGCUGAAGCCCUCACAGAAAGAAGACGACGAAAGCGAAAGGUUAGAUGGAGCGGAACAGAUGAACCACGCAGGGCUGUCCGUGCUCUCAGUGCCAUAUGUCCUCAGCUCAGUGGUCAUGCACUCAGGCGUGUCGUCCGAGAGCGGCCACUAUUACUCCUACGGCCAUAACAUCAACGGAGCUGACGGGACCCAGCAUCCGGUUAGCUACGUGGCCCAGGGAGAGGAGCCGGGGAACGGACCCGCGGAGUGCUCUGCGCUUUUGAUUCCAAACCUGCACGACUCGCGUCAAAACUGUGGCCAGGAGGCCAAGGAUUGGCUGUUGUUUAAUGACAGCCGAGUGUCGUUCACAUCCUUCCAGUCUGUUCAGAACAUUACCAAUCGCUUUCCCAAGGACACAGCAUACGUGCUAAUGUACAGGAAACAGGAGCCGCCAGGCCAGAGCGUGAGCAAGGGCCUGACCGAUUACGGGUCAAGACUAACUGUUGAGCCUCCUCUGCAGAAAGAGUUACUGGACGCUAUCAUCAAAGACAACAAACAGUAUUUACAGGAGCAGGAGCUGAACGCUCGCACCCAGGCUCUCCAGGCGACGUCCUCCUGUUCAUUUCGGCCAAAUGGUUCAGAUGACAAUAAUCCACCGGGGAGUUGCGGCCCAUCUGGAGGAGGCGGCGGCGGAGGAGGGGGCUUCAACUCCAUGAGUAGACUGGUUUUCUAAAGAGAUAAAUGUCGCCAUGCUGCAGUUAAACGCCUGAAGGGUCGCAACGUUGACACACCAACAGCCUCAUGUAAGGAGCCUUUGUAUUGGGUCACAGUCCAGGACCAGGUCUUCAGUUUUGGGGUUUUCUCCCUGGUUCAUUUUGGAUCGUUAUUGAGUUAUUUCUUUUGAAUCUAGUCAUCUAUGUGCUACAUGUUUAGGUGACUCAUAUCAUCAUAUGUGUUUGGAGGAAUGUUGCAUUUGCAGAUUAAUGGUAGGCUUUGAAACAAAAAAAAGAUCUGUGAGGUGUAAUUAAUAAUACAUGUUAAACAAUCGCAAAUUAAUAAGCAACUUCAUCUGAUUUAAUUCAAGUUCAUGUUUGAUUGCAAAGUAAAUAGGUGUUGAUAUAGUAAUCUUGUUGGUAAUAAAAAGUUCUGAACAUUUAACAAAUUUAAAAGUCAUAACAAGGUGCUGCUGGUGAAAACUAUCAUUUAUAUUGAAGUAAUUCUUCCUUUGUUUUGAACACAUUCAAGAGGGUCAGAUGCCUAAGCCACAGAGCUAAAAUGUAAAUCCAAAAAAAAACAUGUUACUGUUGAGCCCUGAAGACAAGUGUUUAUUUAUUAAAGAUUGUUCGUGUUUGUUUGUUCGUUCCCAACGUGGAUCUGCUGAGCUGAGGUCGGAGGACAUAUGCAAACAUGAAGUUGCACUUUUCCCAGACGGAUCAAACAUCUGACCAUUGCGCUCCCGAGACCAUCUUUUCCAGCGUGCAUGCAGACUUUUACUUCUCUCCUGAUUUGCUGUGUAAUUUAUUUGGAAUGUCAUUCUCUGCCAGUGUAAAUAUCACCUUGUGAAUCAUUUAUGCUGCUCUGAUCUAAAAGAUUUGAAAACAAAUGGGAUUUUUUUUUUCAUCAUCUGAGCAGUUUUUUUUUUUUCUUGUUCUGGGCACUUUUGCGUCUUUAAAUGUGCCUUUCAAUUGUGUUAUUUCCAAGAUCCUGUUUACUUUAUUUCACUUUGCUGGUACUAUAGGGCUCACUUUUCAUUUCUUGAGUGAUCAUACCAGCAACCAAAGCCACCUUAUCAUUUCAUGUUUCAUUCUUGGUGUGUACAACAUUGAUUUAAAUUAACCAGCUGUUGUAAAUACUUGAUAUUUACAGCUGCUCGCUUGAGAGUGCAGCUGGAUGCUAAUGAUACAAUUGUACUGGGAAGUUACAUUUUUUUAUGUGAUUUUAAAUAAAGAUU